UCCGGAUGCACCACCUCUAACGUUUCUCCCUUUAGCUUGGAGGUGGGUUGAUAGGCGAGGCUAUUGACGCGAGGUCGAGGCUCGACAUCAUCUCCCCUAUUAUAGGAAUUUGUUGGAUUUGCUUGAAGGCGCGCAUGUACAUGUAUUCUUAAGUUUACUUGGCCUGGCUUUAUAUGUGUUGCGUUUACUCACGAUUCCUUUGUUUGAUUAAUAGUUCUUACGGAGGUCAUACAGUGAGACGCUCAUAGCUGGUUUGCCCGAUUAUUUCUCCCGCGGCCGAGCUAUGUGGAGCUUUUCUGUCCCAGUGAUAUGUCUCGAUAUUGUCGAGCAUCAUGCUACCGAGCUAGUCCUUCGCCAGUUUGGUCGACCGCAGCUUGUACCUAUUCUGCCCGCUUGGCUUAGGACAUAUUACCAACGAGAUGAUCGUUCCAGGGUUGAUCAGACAUACUUGGAUUGGCUAGAGGCCCAGAUUGAGGUUUGGGACCAGAGGUGUGACCUGAUUCCGAGCGUACGAAUGGCGAGCAUGAUGAGUAUAUGGGCUGGUAUCACAGCGUUACCCGACUUCAUGUCAAGAAUCAUGUUCAUUGCGCUGGUGGUCGGUACAUUCCAUACGUUGGGAGGCAUGAGGCACUGGCUAUUGGAUUACAUCGGUUCUACCAGCUAGGACUGCAGAUGCUGCAGCAUACCGGCGAGGGAGCGGCAACUUUGCACGAGUAUGUCCGCCAGGUUACAGAUCUGGUUGUUGAGCCAUCGGUGGUGAUUACAGAGUCAGCUGCUGAGCCUUCUACCGCUCCUAUGCCUUAGACAACAGCCAGUCCUUCCACCGAGACAACUGACAUGCCACCACCUUCAUCUUUUAGACCAUCAACAUCAGUACCAGUGCCUGCCUCAUCCACAUAUCCACUCACUACGUUGCGAGUCUCCCAGACAUUGGCGAGUCUCAACAACUGGAUGCAGACAGCUACUUCAAAGCUGUCUGACAUAUCCUAUGUUGUUGCAGCAUAGUCUUCUACACCAGCACCACCACAGGUUCCUCCGCCAGUGGAGGAAACAUUGAGGAAGAUCCUGGACAACCAGAAGACCAUUAUGGAUACACUGGUGGCACAUGGGGGAGCUAUUGCAGAGUUAGGCAAACAUCUGAAGAAGAUGAGGAAAUACCAGGCCUCGAAGAAAUCAGUGGAGAGAUUGAGAAAGGAGGUGACAAAGAUUGCAUCAGCUGGUGAUUUACCAUUUGACCUACUGAUGGAGACAUAUCCAUCAGUACCAUCAGCACCAUCAGCAGAGGCACCAGCUGGCCAGUCUGACGAGCCAGACCUUGCUGCCCAUACUGCCGAGGAGGUGCUUCAGAUGUUCACCAACCCCGUUAUUCCCCGAGCAGAGGAUGAUGAGAUCCAGUUGGAGGAGCCCGAGGGUAGUGAUGCUGCCAUGCACCCUGAGACCACAUAGGGGGUUUUCUUUACUCUCUACCCUCCCUUAUUUUGAUUUUUCUAAGCAUUGGGGACAA